ACUGGGCUGGGCUGUCCCAUUGCGCGGGCCCUUACUCGACAAAGACAAGACUCCAGUAUCGUACCAGGUCAAGUUUGUUAACACCUGCAUUUAUUUACAUUUACAUCUCUGUCUUUCGUCUGAGUCUUAGUUUUGGUCUCAGGCGUAGGCUUCUGUUUUGGACUUAACGUUCUCGACUUCAUCCUUAUCCCUGCUUUCUCCUUGCUCAGGUACAGAUACAGAUACAGAUACAGAACUUGUUACUGCUUCAAUGGACAUGCUCGUUGCUUGUCUUUGUUGCCCUUCUCUCUCAAUUCCGUCCAUUCGGGACAGCCGAUAUCUAACCCAGCCAGUCGGCGCGAGCCCGACUUGACUACGGCGGCUCUCUCACUCCAUUCAGCGUCUUCCUCGACCGCCCUUGUUCAUCUUGAUCUUGCCUUACACCCCCGCUAUCAAAAUUGAAGAGCACCCUCCACCGAUUAACAAGAACCUCUCGCUCGGUGCUCAGCGAGAAGCAAAGGCUAGAAGGUUGUAGCUAAUAUUGCUUCUGCUUGUUCACACUAUUACGUCGCCUAUACCACUACUUCCAACUGAUAUAACGCCCCAAUCACCAUCACGUUUUCUGUCUUAUUGCUUCCGCGCCAAAUCUCUCACUCUGGUGAUCUUCUGGCGCAUAUUGCGAAGACCAAGGCAGGCGGAGAAUUCUGGUUAUGGAAAUCUACCGGAACCCUUGAUUGACUUAGCAGCCACUCUAAAAUCCGAACCAGGGUCCUACUGCCCUGUCACCAACCCUGAUCCAUCCAAGCUGCAUCUCAGUCGCGCUGCCACUCAGAGAGAAGGUUUUAUUGCAUACAUAGUCUCACAAAAACCAAGCGUAGGCCACCGAACAGUCUCCGUCCACAGCCCGAUCACUUGUGUUCACGGCCUCCCGGCCAGCAAGGGGCCCGAAUAUACUUACUCACCCGCCCUACCUCACCCGGUUCCGCCUCUUAGGUUCCGGCCCUGAGUAUCUGCGGUUGGCCGCUUCCGUCUCGACCUCCCAACUGCACGGCUUGACGCUGUAUCACCAGGACCUCUCCAAGAUCGCAUCUUUGUAGUAUCACGGUGCAGCAUCUCGUCUCACGCCUCCUCGCUUUGGCACUCGCUUGUCGCUUCUUUGAUCCCUGACUCGCUACCGUUGAAGUGUUCCUUCACAACCGUCAGCCUAUCAUCUCGAAUGCCCUUGGUAACUUCUGCUCCUCUGCCACCUCAGCUCCGCAGAUCUUAGAAGCGGGGCACCUCUCCAUCAAGAUCAGCUACAACGACCUUACAGCUCGCAACUCGAAAGAAGGGGUUGUCGGACUGGUAAGAAGCUGUUGAAUUUGCACCUGGAGCUUAACAAGAGAUACUUCUUUGUCCAGGUCAGCUAGAUCUUGACCAGUGGUCAUUGACGACAACUGGAAGUUAGCUCAGAUCAAAUCUGCUUGUAUCGCAAAGACAGAUCAAGACGACAAACCCAGAGUGUAUCUUUGUUGUUUCUAGCUCAGGGUUGGAGUUCCUGUCUGUCCAGCCAACUAAUCCUGUAGCAACUUUGCCCUCAUGGUCAUCAAGGGAUCCGUCUCCGAUUCAGCUUCCGUCCCGCUCGGCCAACGCCGCGGCAUCUCAGACCUGGCGCAAAUUGCCUUAGACCUGGCCUGGGUAUCCGAGAGCGCAGAGCAAGACUCUUUUGCUCGAUAUCGAGCAUAUCCCUCUCCACCCAUGUCAGGAUCUCCGCCCCUCCCCCCGAAGCAGCCCCAAGACGCUGGGGAUCGAGGGCAAGCACCAGCGGGUUAUUCAGCUUCUAGCCAGCCCGAUACUUACUGGGGCAACUCAAAUCAACAAUUACCGACUGAUCACCGAGGACCUGCCAAUAUGCAGACUGCGCUUCCUAGAUUAUUCCAACCAGGGCCCCCAGACGCACCACCGUUUUCAUAUCGAAGGACAGAAGAGAUCGUACCUCGACCUGUUUCGUACAUCCAACCAGGGGGACCAUCUAUGCCCCAGUCAUCUGGUUAUAUUCCUCCGGGAAUUCCUGGGGCACCUUCGUCUUACACGUCAUCUGUUCGCCCGUCAAUGGUUGAGAACCAGCCUAUGACUUCGCCAAAAUCGCAGAGGAAAACGAAAGGUCAUGUGGCCUCUGCAUGUGUCCCUUGUAAACGAGCGCAUCUUCGCUGCGAUGCACAACGUCCAUGUUCGAGAUGUAUCACGAAUGGGAAGGAAGAAUCAUGCGUCGAUGUUCAACAUAAGAAAAGAGGACGACCGCGACUAAGAGACGAUCGUGAAACUCGCUAUGAUCCAUCCAGAUUUCCUCAUCCGCAAGAUACUACAGCAAGGCGACCAUUGAGCAUAUACCCUUCGGGCGUUCCAAUAGGACCUGGGGAACAUAUGAAUCCGAGAUAUCCUGAGCGAGGGCCCAAUAUGGACGCUCCCACUUUCCCACCCCCUUUAUCGGUCGGGCCUCGAGGAGCAGACCCUGUUGCUUUCUUGAACAUGAAGAUGGAUUUUGCGAAGGCAUCGCCAGCUUUUAUGGAAGCUGUAGGCCAUGUGGAACUCCAGGGACAGAACUUGGGGGAUGUCGUUAUUCCUGCGGAGAGGGAGAAAGUUGUGUCGAUUAGAAGUCAACUGAUCGAGGAGCAAACACGGAAGGAGCCGAACUAUUUACCCCCAAUCCUUUCUCGACUCGACCAUAUCAUCCAGGGACUUGGGUUUGGCGCAGAGGAUAUCGGACGCUUCCAACUCGACCGAAAUGAAUACCUAACUUUCAGAGCUGCUGAUGGACAACCGAGACAGUAUCCCGUUCGACUCGGACUCGAGAAGGAGGGCUCGAUCUACGUCGUUGUCAUAGUCCUGAGCUUACCACCCCGGCAUGCGUACCCUUUACCUUCUUCGCCUGCCACCAGAGAGGCUUCGCAUGCGUAUGGUUCUCAGCCGCCAACUCCACAGUCUCUGUACAGGACACCGGUGCCGCCAGGGCCACUCUUCGAUAUGCCCAGAAGUCGAUUCAACGAAGUCCCACUGGUAUCUCGACCGGCUGCUGUUCCCCCAACACAGUUGCCUGCCAACAUAAAUCCUGGAGUUGCUGCUGGGGCGGGUUCAACUUCGUAUGCUGCAUCACCAAGUCAUACAGAGUAUGGAGGACCCCCGUCAUAUAAUGUUCCCCGAAGCGAACUGCCCCCUGCAAGCGUGUAUCGACCUCAAGCAGCUUUUCAGCUCCCACCAAUUCGAGCUCAGCCAGGACCAGAGCAGCCUCGGCCACGGACACGCGAGGAAAGGUCCAACCGAGUUGAUAUUGGCGGUCUGAUCGACAAGCCCGAUGACCCUGAGCGGCGGCGAUAAGUGUUGUUGAUAUUUGCAUAGAUGGAACUUGGAUCAUGUGGAGCGUCCAGAUACAUGGCUUGUUUGAUUUUUGUUGUUUUGAUUUUAGUGCGGCGGGAUUUUGUGUCAACCAAGACACCACAUGUACUAUAAUCCUCUUGUUAUGAUUGUGUCUUGUGUAUCGUUACGUGUAUGAGAGCGAGAAAGGAGGGUGAAUACGGCCUGGUGGUGUCGCUGAGGCAUCUGUGCAUUUGCAGCCGGCGGCGUUAGGUUGGGGAGAGCGACAACAGUUUUGCAAUGUCGAAUAUAUCCAUACAGUUGGGUUCAGCUAGGCUGCUCUUUAUUGUUAGACAGCUUUGUGUGAGCAGAGAAUUGGGGUUUAGUUGAGUUUGAAUGCGUUGUGGUAUGUGAAAGAACGGGCAAACGAGGUCAGUGAUGCGUUGUGGUGGGACUGGACAUAGAAUAAGGCCGGCGGCAUGUCUUGCCUGGGCUUGAGGAAUAAGACUCGGCAAAACAGAGGAGAGUGAGUCAGAUUAUGCAAGAGGAAAAGAAGAGGAUGUGAAUGCCGGACGCGAUACAAUGAGUAAUAGCACGUGUUUGGUAACACAGACAGAAGCACAGGCAUGAGCAUUACGGGUGCCAGAAGGUGUUACAGUGCGGCGCUGAUGUGAUGUGACAAGGACAAGGACAAGGCAGGCCAGGGAAGGGUCUUUAAAAGCCAAUGAGAGGUGAGUGCAACGGAUAUGUGCAGCACAAUUCGGAUAUACACAGAAUCAUGGAUCCAAUAGAAGGAUGUGAUGUGCGAGUCAAUACCCAAAUCUGGCUCUGUUGAUGUGCGAUUCGCAGGGGGUUCCUGGGGGGCGUGUGCGUUUAAAGAGAUGUAUUCAAUGUUAAGGUACCUUGCCUAAAUUUUUAAAAUUAAAUAUUCUCCGAGUCCGUUAGUUCAUCCGCAUCCGCAUCUGCCUGCCGCACCGUCCGCCCCCCCCCCGUUAUCCGUCCGCGCAUGGAACGUUACGGCAGUUGGGGAGACGGC